GCGACGUUUGGUGAGGGAAGCAGCUCCAGGCCAGCAGUUGGAGACGGCCUGGACCAGUUCCGGCCCCUGUCACCACAAGCAAGCCCCUCGCGCUAUGACGAGCUGGAGAAGUUCAGGCCACUGUCACCGAUGUCAAAGGCAGGUCAGCCGCCUGUGGAC